ACUCCUGACUUGUUUCAAAUCAAGUCUAUUACUCAGAGAAAGAGAAAGGAAGAGAGAGCUAGAGAGGCAGAGGAGGAAUGGAACGGGGAGGUUUCCACGGCUACCAAAAGACCCAGAACGCCAGCUCCGGGUUGAAACUAUCGGAGAUCGACAUGAAGCUGGCUGAGAUUAACCACACCAACAAUGGUGUUGCUGCUAGCGCUGCUGCUACUGAUGACAACGAAUGCACCGUGCGAGAGCAAGACCGUUUCAUGCCGAUAGCCAAUGUGAUCAGAAUCAUGCGCAAGAUCCUGCCCCCGCAUGCCAAGAUCUCAGACGACGCCAAGGAAACAAUCCAAGAGUGUGUCUCCGAGUACAUCAGCUUCAUCACCGGAGAGGCCAACGAGCGUUGCCAGCGCGAGCAGCGCAAGACCAUUACUGCUGAAGACGUUCUGUGGGCAAUGAGCAAGCUCGGCUUCGACGACUACAUCGAGCCCCUCACUCUCUACCUCCACCGCUUCCGCGAGAUGGAGGGUGAUCGUGGCUCCAUGAGGGCCGAGACUUUGAUGAAGGCUGGUACUAGGGCAAUGUCUGCGGCAGAGUAUCAUGCAGCUGCAUCAGGCUCUUUCGCUGGCUUUGCUCCAUUUCAUCACCAUGGCUUUUUCGGAUACUUGAAGGAUGCGUCCACAUCCAAUGGUGCUGGUACAUCUUUGUCCCAUCAGGCUAAUGCUGUUGCUGCACUGGUAAAUAUUGGUGAUCACCUGCAGGCAUCACAUUCCCAGUACGAUGAUAACAGUAAGUGA